GGCGGGAAAACUCCACCGAGUGACGUUGUGAGGGCGCGCGCCGCUGAGGCGAUCACGAACUCUGGAGACGCCGUCGGCUUCGAGUGCAACGCCGCGAGCUACGGGCCAUGGCGCACGCACAGACGCUGCCGGGCGAGACGGUGUUUGGCGGUGUGACCCCGGCAAUGCUGGAGGAGAUGCUCAACUCCCUGGCCAUUGAGACGUGGCAACCCAGCCGGCCGCGGGAACCGUGUGAAGGGGCCUUCGGGCGGGAAACAGUGGCCGAGACCAUCUUUCUCAUCUGUGAGAAGUUGCAGCUGCACAUCUCCAUCAAGUACCUGGCAGUGGAGCUGUUUGACAGGUACAUACUACAGCAGACCAAGGUACAGUGCGACGAGUGGCUGAAGGAGAAAGCGGCGGGAAGUUCUGACGAAAUUAACUGGGAGGCUCGGCUUCCAGACCUGAAGAGCGAGUCGCUGCUGCUGCUGCGGAUGGUGUCAUGUGUGCAGAUUGCCAGCAAGCAGAUGGCUCACUACAAGAUGGUGACGCUAAAGUCUGCCCAAAUGCUGAUCCAGGCGAUGUCUGGGUCCAUCAUUGACUUGGAUAAAAUCCUUUCCUCUGAGAUGUUCGUGUUGAAAACGCUCAAUUAUUACAUCAACCCUGCCUCGCCACUUACACACGUGGACAUGAUCAUCGCGGUCCUGGGGCACAACGACCCCACCUUGCCUGUGAAGACUCUGCACAGCAUCAGCCUGAAGGUGCUGGAUAUGGUUUACCUCAUACGAACCGCCGUGUACGACUACCUGCUCCGAGCCACUUCUACCGGGGAUAUGUUGGACCCAAGUGAUGUGACAUACAGAGAAAACUUCUGGAGAGUGGAAGGAGACUUCAUGCUGCUGGCGGUCUCCGUGAUCUCGGCUGCUGCAUACUUUUGCUGCUACCCGAUCUGCCAGAAGGUGAUGGAGCAGGCGUGCAGAACAACCUGCAUUCCGGAGCAGGACGUGAGCAACUUUGCGAAGGUGCUGGUUCAGUGCGUGUGGAAGAUGGAGGACGGGGCACAAAAUUAAUCCGCGCAUUCGAAGACCUGUAACGGGGGAUGCAGAUCU